GUUUAAGACAGAGCCCAGAGUGCUCAAAUUUACGCGUGCCACAUAACUUGGAUCACUAUUUCUUCUUCUUAGUUCUCACUCUCACUGUCUCCGUCGUCUUUUUCUCCAAAGUUUCGGUGCUGACGGAUAGAACACUACCUAUUCAGCCGCCAUGCACACUCUCCUCCGAUCCACUCUCAGGACCAAGACUGCUUCAUCUUUAGCAUAUGCUGUGGUUUCCAGAAGUGCUCACGAAAAUCUCCUUCAGGCUCCCUUAUUGUCUAGAUCAAAUAGCACUGAGGCUUCAUUGGCAAAGGAUAAUUCCUCUAAUGAUGUAAAAAAUGGUCAAGGGUACAAAGGUCAUAGUAUGCUUGCUCCUUUCACGGCUGGGUGGCAGUCUUCUGAUUUGCACCCUCUGAUCAUAGAAAAGUCAGAGGGAAGCUAUGUAUAUGACAUUAAUGGGAAGAAAUAUCUUGAUGCACUUGCUGGUCUAUGGGCCACUUCUUUAGGGGGAAGUGAGCCACGCCUUGUUGAUGCUGCCGUUGCACAACUAAAGAAGUUGCCAUUUUACCAUUCCUUUUGGAAUCGAACCACAUUACCUUCUUUGGAUCUAGCAAAGGAACUCCUAGAAAUGUUCACAGCCAGAAAAAUGGGGAAAGCUUUUUUUGUUAAUAGUGGAUCAGAAGCCAAUGACACUCAGGUGAAACUUGUAUGGUAUUAUAACAAUGCGCUUGGAAGACCAGAUAAGAAGAAAUUCAUAGCUCGUGCUAAAUCGUAUCAUGGUUCAACAUUGAUAGCAGCCAGUCUUUCUGGCCUUCCGGCUCUGCAUCAAAAAUUUGAUUUGCCAGCUCCUUUUGUAUUACACACUGACUGUCCACAUUACUGGCGGUAUCAUCUUCCAGGUGAGACAGAGGAAGAAUUUUCAACCAGAUUAGCCAAUAAUUUGGAGCAGUUGAUUCUGAAAGAGGGACCAGAGACUAUUGCUGCAUUUAUUGCUGAACCUGUAAUGGGGGCAGGAGGUGUAAUACCUCCACCAUCAACUUAUUUUGAGAAGGUCCAAGCCGUUGUCAAGAAGUAUGACAUUCUUUUUAUUGCAGAUGAGGUAAUAUGUGCCUUUGGAAGGCUUGGGACAAUGUUUGGAUGUGACAAGUACAACAUUAAGCCAGACCUUGUAUCCCUGGCUAAGGCACUAUCUUCUGCAUAUUUGCCAAUUGGAGCUGUCCUUGUAAGCCCGGAAAUAUCAGAAGUUAUACAUGAUCAAAGCAACAAACUAGGUUCAUUUUCUCAUGGUUUUACUUAUUCUGGACACCCUGCAGCCUGUGCAGUUGCAAUUGAAGCACUCAAGAUCUAUAAGGAAAGAAAUAUUGUUGACCAAGUGAACAAGAUCGCCCCAAGGUUUCAAGAUGGCAUAAAAGCUUUUUCUGACAGUCCCAUCAUUGGAGAGAUACGGGGAACUGGCUUGAUUCUGGGCACUGAGUUCACAGACAACAAGUCACCUAAUGAUCCAUUUCCUCCUGAAUGGGGAAUAGGUGCCUAUUUUGGAGCACAAUGUGAGAAGCAUGGGAUGUUAGUUCGUGUUGCGGGAGAUAACAUCAUGAUGUCUCCACCAUAUAUUAUAUCUCCUGGAGAAGUUGAAGAGUUAAUCAGCAUUUAUGGGAAAGCUUUGAAAGAAACGGAAAAGAAGGUACAGGAGCUCAAGUCUCAGCGCAAGUAGCUUAGGCCUCAUGAUGGAAUAAUAAACUCUGCUGCGCCCACUUCCGGGGGAAAAGGAAAUAUUGUAGUAACUUGAUAAGACUUUGUUCCAACCUUUUCGUUAUUGUAAAUGUCAAUAAAUUGGUUUCCUAGUUGCUUCCUAAUUAUAUGUUGUAGUUAUACAUAUGCUUAGAAUAAUGCUCGUUACACAUCUCCACAUUGCAUGUAGCAUAGCCUCUCAUUAAUGACGUGGCAGCAUCAAUAGUGCAAGUGUAGAAAUUUUAGUAAGCCAAACUGUAAUAAGGUGAUGGAAAUUGGGCGAAGGGGAGAAAUGUGUGUACGUUUGUGUUUGUGGAAAACAAAAGCACCCCGUCGAUACGAAGGAUGUGUUGUGCAUUGGCCAUUAAAAAAUUGUAGUGAUCUAGUGUAACUAAUGACUCGUAGAAAAGCGCGAGUUAGAUGUGAACAAGGUGUUUGCGCAAUUAUCAUUAAGCUUAUGUUA